AUGCUCUCUGGGACAAUUCUCGUUUCGUUGAUAGCCCUAGGGGUUGUCAAUGUUGCUCUUGCACAGACCAAUAUUACUGCCAAUGUCUGCGCAGACCCCUCUGCCUUUACCAGCUGCAUAGCACAAGCCACCACGGCGAGUAAGGGGUGCAUGGACAUAUGCAAUGGAAACAAUAUCUGUGUUCUCGGGUGCGGAUGUGCCAUGUACCAGUCCUACAUCAAUUGCGUGGCCGAGUCAUGCUGGAACCAGGUCUACUCCUGUGAAUAUGAUGAAUUGAUCGCAGAUUACUUUGUCAAUUGUCCCGCAGCCACCGAACCAGUUCCAUUCUGGCCAGCACCAGACAAUGCUCCCGGCGGCUGCUCGUGCAAUCUCGGCAAGGUGUUGCACUCGGUCAUGAAAGCGGAACAGGGGUAUAACAGUUGCAUCACGAACAACACCUCCACCUCGAUCGUCCAGUUGAGCAAUAAAAACACUGCAUGUGGAUGUUGCGAGGUUAGCGCCGGGCUAUCAGCUAUGUACGAAACCUGCCCAGACACAAUCCCAUCCGCCAUGGGUGCAGACAGCUGGCUCAAGACAGCAACCCUAUAUGGCGAGCUGAUCAACUGGGGCACCUGUGGGAGUGUUCUUGACAAGUACAGCUGCCCGAAUCUAGGCUUUGCGCCUCCAUCGUCCAACUCCAGUACCUUCUAUAACCCGAAUAAUCUUCCUCCGAACGGUACAUACACGCUGUAUAAUACUGGCGGUGUGAAUGCGCUUACUGCGCCGGCUAGUGGGUCGGUGUUUACCUGGUCGCAGACCAGCGUGACGUAUACGGUGACUGCGUCGCCAUGGAAGAAUUCUGCGGUCAAGGCGACUGCGGCUGGUACCUCUGGUGGUUCUGUUGCUUCGGGGACUGCUGCAGCUGCUGGGGCUACGAAGACUUCGGGUGGAGCGAGUUUAUCGUUGCAGCUACCAAGUGUUGUGGUUUGGUUAUCGGUGCUAGGUGUUCUCGCCAAGAUGGUGCUUAUUUAA